AUGGAAAUGAGGAAUCUUCCAGUUCUGCUGUUGCUAUCUGUGGCAGUUUGCUCAGCCUAUCCAUUGGACAGAGCUGCAAAGGACGAGGAUGACAGCAUGAACCUUGUUCAGCAAUACCUCGAAAACUACUACAACCUUGAAAAGGAUGUGAAACAGUUUGUUAGAAGAAAGGACAGUGGUCCUGUUGUUAAAAAAAUACAAGAAAUGCAGAGGUUCCUGGGGUUGGAGGUGACGGGGAAGCUGGACUCUGACACUCUGGAGGUGAUACGCAAGCCCAGAUGUGGGAUUCCUGACGUUGGUCACUUCAGCACCUUUCCUGGCAUGCCCAAGUGGAGGAAAACUCACCUCACUUACAGGAUUGUGAAUUAUACACUGGAUUUGCCAAGAGAUGCUGUUGAUUCUGCCAUUGAGAAAGCUCUGACAGUCUGGGAGAAGGUGACUCCAUUAACAUUCUCCAGGAUCAAUGAAGGAGAGGCAGACAUAAUGAUCAUUUUUGCAGUUCGAGAACAUGGAGACUUUAGCCCUUUUGAUGGACCUGGAAAUGUUUUGGCUCACGCCUAUGCACCUGGGUCAGGGAUUGAUGGAGAUGUUCACUUUGAUGAUGAUGAAAAAUGGACAAAGGAUACAUCAGGGAUCAAUUUAUUCCUCGUUGCUGCCCAUGAACUUGGCCAUUCCCUGGGUCUCCAACACUCGACCAACAGGGAAGCUUUGAUGUAUCCAGUCUACAACACAUUCACAGACCUGGCUCGGUUCCACCUUUCUCAAGAUGAUGUGAAUGGCAUUCAGUCCCUGUAUGGACCUCCCACAGCUUCUCGAGAUGACCCUGUGGUGCCCACAGAAUCUGUGCCUCCAGAACCUGGCACACCAGCCACAUGUGAUCCUGCUUUGUCCUUUGAUGCAGUCAGCACUCUGAGGGGAGAAACUCUGUUCUUUAAAGACAGACAUUUUUGGCGCAAAUCCUUCAGGACAUUUGAACCUGAAUUUCAUUUGAUCUCUUCGUUUUGGCCAUCUCUUCCUUCAGGCAUAGAUGCUGCAUAUGAAGUUAUUAGCAAAGACAGCGUUUUCAUUUUUAAAGGAAAUCAGUUCUGGGCCAUCAGAGGAAACGAGGUGUCAGCAGGUUACCCAAGAGACAUCCAUACCCUGGGUUUUCCUUCAACAAUAAAGAAAAUAGAUGCAGCCUUUUCUGAUGAGGAAAGGAAGAAAACAUACUUCUUUGUAGAGGACAAAUACUGGAGAUUUGAUGAGAAGAGACAAUCCAUGGAGCCAGGCUUUCCCAAGCAAAUAGUGGAAGACUUCCCAGGGGUUGACCUAGAGGUGGAUGCUGUUUUUGAAGCAUUUGGGUUUUACUAUUUCUUCAAUGGAUCUUUGCAGUUGGAGUUUGACCCAAAUGCAAAGAAAGUGACACAUGUUUUGAAGAGUAACAGCUGGUUGAAUUGUUAG